AUGCCGCCUGCGCGAGAGGCCCGGCGCACCCGAGGCAUGACGGCCGGGGCGUCUAAGCCAUCUCAAGACUCUCCUUUUUUUACUCCAUCAAUUCGACAGCCUUCUCCUCUGCGUGGUGCAGACGAAGCUGUCUCCAUUUCUCUCGCCGUGGAGCGUGCGGCGCAUACGGCAACGCCUUCCCAGUCGCGGGGUGUCUCGCCCCAGCUCGCCCCUUUCGACGCUUUUUCUGGGGCUUGUGAAUCUCUGGGGGACAGCGGCUGUGCGGGACCUUCUCGCCGCUCUUCCGGAGGGGAGAGCCACUUGGAGAGAGUGGAAAAACGAGGCGCGCGUUCCGUCGGUUGUGUCUCAUCGUCGGUGUCUUCGUGCUGUCCGUCUGCCUCUUCUCACUUCUGUCCGUCCAGCGCGUCACUCUCGUCUUCCUCGCAGUCCAUCGGCUUCGCUGACAGCUUCUGUCACCGCGUCUUUUGGGACUCCAGAAGCGCCGGCUCCACCUCGGCUGUGGCAACCCUUGGGACUUCGGGACCGGGCCCGCGAAGCGCGCCGGGCGGACCCCCGCCCUGCGCCUGCUCUCCAGUCCUGGACUUUCACCAGGCCCUCGCGUUUCAUGCAGACACACAGCUGGCCUCUCCCCAGUCUUCUCUCUGUGCGACCUCGAGCGCCGCCGCUGUUGCGCCGCUCGCUUCUCAUUCACAAAAAGGAGACGACGACGCCGGGAGGGGCGCCCCACAACGAGUUGUGGUCGGCACGGGAGUCUCCAGAGGUGGAGUGGAUGCGCGGAUUUUGUCUGGGCAAUCCGGCGAGGCCUGUGCUGCUUCAGAGGCGGGGAGUGAAGGAGACACCGCAGCGGCGCCUGAACCGCGCAUCCAGGUUCCAGAGACAAAGGGGGAUUCGUUCGGCCCCCGAGCCGGAGAAGAGACGUCGGAGGCGCAGUCCCGCCACGGUGAGGGGCAUCAAGACGAGGCGAGUCAGACACUCUGUUUAUCCUCUGAAGCAACGGGUGUCUCUUCGCCACAGACAGGAGUCUCCUCUGCAGAGUCGGGAGACUCUGGGAAGCUGGAAACAGGUUCUGGGGCUCCAGGAGCGUCUGCAAGCCUCGAGGCGCCUCGCCCUGCGAGUGACGUCUCUCUUCGGGCCCCUGCCGCGAGGUCGAGCGUGUCGCUCCAUGCGGUCGACGCAGGCACCGGCAUUCGGGGCGGGGCGCCGCUGGGGAAGAACCGUGCGCGCCUGUUGCUGAUGCGUCACGGCCUCGCGCCCGAUCCAGGUGUCUCCUUGCACCCCACAGGGUCCGCGAGGACCGCGAACAGUCUCCGUUUGUUGCGGGACCUGCAAACGCUGCCAGGGCCCCAUGGAUCGCAUGCUCGCCACUUGGCUUCGUUCCUGCAGAAGCAUCGCGGAAUCUUUGCACCGACUUCGUUGUGGUCGAAGCGAGAGGCGCCGGAGAGUCUUCACAGCCGCCGUGCCUCCAGCCACGAUUUCCUUCACUUAUGUGAGUCGGGACUCAACGGGGACGGCGACACCGAGCGCCUGAUCUUGUCUUCCAGUCGCCUCGGGGACGCGCCGCCAGGGGUCGACGCUGCGCGUGGCGACGAGGUCUCUGGGGUUUCGCCGCACCCUUUUGUCCAGUGGGCCUCUGAACUUCUGUCUGCAUCUUCUGCCGCGUCCUUGUGGGGCCCUGGCCACAGGCGCGACCCCACGGCCCCGCAGGGGCCUCCACGCCAGCGCACAGGGUCCUUACCAAGUUUGGGGCGUGACGAGAGGUCUGCGGGUUCUCAGGGCGACUGGCCGGGGGAAGGUGGCGCAUCUUCUUUUUCGUCGCCGAGGCAGCUGCAGAGCCACAGGAAAGGCGAUGGAGACGGAGGGCGCCAGGCCCCGGAGUCAGCCAGUGUCGGUGACAGCGAGGUAGGUGGAAAGAAAAGUUCUUUUUCGGGUCUUAGUCCCGCUGCGCGACGGUACCGAGCGCGUUGCAGACUUCGCGGGCUGUCCGACGACGACGCGCCAGAAGACGCGGGAGGCGGGAGAAACCGUGGGGCGUUGCCUGCCGCGGGUAAUCUGGACGGAGUUUUGGCGGGCGAGGUGCGCAGUGACCUGUCUCCAAACUGGCCAUCGAAUCCUCCGUCGUUCUCGGCGACGAACUCCCCUGACGACUCCCUUUUUUCUUCUCCAGAGAGCCUUCUUCGCAGUGUGGUUCUGGCUGCGAGCUCCGCGCGCGACGCGACGGAAACGCCACCCAGGAGCCGCACCUCAGGGACUGAAGAGGCGGACGACGUGGGGCCGCCUAGAGACAGUGAGGUCUCGAUCGGGGCCUCCUGGGGUCCAUCGGGGCGAGAAAUACCUGCUCUUUCUGGAUUCGCUCCCUCACGGUCGUGUGUCGGUCGCGAAGCCUCGGGAGGCGGAGGGUCAACUGGAGGUGUUCGCUGGUCUCAAGCGAGAGAGGCAGGUAAGGCGCAGCAAGGCAGCACGGAUCGAAGCGGUGUGCCGCUGUUGGGUGUCUCCAAAGUGGGACCAACGCCGGGCAUAAGCAUUUCGAGAGUUGAAUCCGGGGGCGCCGGGGGCCCUGCAAGGGAUGAACGGGACAGUUCCCCGACAGCGGGUCUCGUGGCAGAAGACCACCUUUCUUACCCCUUUUCGCGCUUCCACACAGCCCCGCACUCGUGCCCUGUCUCCUCCGCCCCCGACGCGGCGGCGGAGUCUUCGCCGUUCGCGCGACUUCCGCUCCCGGCGGACGCGACCGUGGCUCCCCACUCCCUGUGCCUGCUCCUGCCGGGCGCGCUGCGUCGCGGCUCCUGGCGCCCCACAGGCGCCGCACCCGUGGGGCCCGCGCCAGGGGCGAUGCCGGCCGAGCUGAUGCAGCGGCGAGGCAAGUCCCUGCCGCCUACGCGCUCGCGAGAGUGGCGAAAGUCGCGGGCCGCGGUUGCGGCGAUUCUGGGCUCAACCGUGGCCUCUUGGCGGACUUCGCAUCUGGCGCGACACCUCGGCCGCUUCCCCUUCUUCGCCGAGCUCCGCGACGUCUGCCACGAGGUGUACAUACACUCGCGGUUUGGGCGGUUCUACGUGCGCGCAGAGCGGGCGCCGGAGCAGAGAACCAGGAAGCGUGUUCACGGCAACGGGCCGUCUGUCCCGUUCGCUGGUCACUCGGCGUGCGACAAAUCGCAGGGCUCUCUGAAUGGGGCGCCAGGACGCGGGGCGCCGAAGCACGCGAGUCCCGCUUCUUCGCCAGCAGUCCACGCGUCUGCAGGCGAAAGCGGUCUUCACUCACCUUCUCGCGGUUUCGACCACAGGUCUAGCGAGGACACUGAAGUCCCAGGGCCCGCGCCCCGCGCCCGCCCGCAAACUGUCGCUUCCGUCGGCGGGGGCUCCGGAGUGCGCGAGUACUGCAGAGGAGGCACGAGCGCGGAGACGGAUCUGUGCAACGAGGGCCAGGGAGCGCGACAGGGACGGCGAGGCGGAGAAACUCGCAAGUCCGCUGUAUCCUGGACCCGCGAGGGGUUGUCGGAGCAGAGUUCGGAAAGGAGUUCAGACGAAAACUGGGGUCACGGAGAUCGGGACCAGCUGACUUGGAGACGCGGCCUGAGGGCGACGAGCCACUCGCCCCACCGUAGCGCGCGGCACUCCGACCCGCGCCCCUUCAUGUCCCCGCCUAGGUACUCGCUGCGUCGAAAGCUCUGGCGAUUCACCAACGUUCCUGCAGAUGCGACGCUCGUCACGGGCCCCGGCGUCGAAGGGGAAGAAGGUGGGAGCGAGUUGCGGUCUUCUUGGCGCCCAGAAGAAAGGCGAUGGCGCUUCUCGCGGCGCGCGAGCGGAGAGGAACGCGCAGGUGGACGAGAGGUGUCGCCUGUCUCCGCCGGAGGACGCACAGAGGGGCGCCGCAGCCCCUCGGCGCGUGGGGGGCGCAGACCCUCAGCCAGGCCAAGCUCCUCCGACUCCGAGCGGGAGACAGACAGCCGGCAGAGGGCCGGCACCAGGGCGCGACUCUCCAGGGCAGAAGUUGGAGUCAAGGCCGGGCGGGGGGCAGGGUUCCGACGCAAGACGGGGAAGAAACAGAGCGGAUCGGGAGCCCGAGGAGACGGCGAGCGGAAGCAAGGCGAAGGGCCGGCGCGUAGAGGGUCUACGCGGAGUAAACCCCAUCAAGGGCAGGCGUCUUUCUCAUCAGAGAUCUCUGGGGCCGGAAACUGCGCGUCUUCGCUGUCUGUCUCGUCUUCGAUCUCCUUUGAAUCUGUUCUCUCUCUGAGCGAUGCUCCCGCCCCUCCGGCACGCGAGCCCCAGCAGAGCCUUUCCUCGCUUUCGUCCUGUUCCUCCGUUUUGUCCUUUUCCUCUAUCGGAGAGAGGAUGAAGCCCAACCGCACAGGAUCGACGGGACCCAAGUCGCCUGCGCCCAGCACAGGUCGUGCGUUCGGGGCGGACACGAAAAAGACAGAAGGGCAGAGAGAGUCGGGUCGAGGCCCUGUGGCGAAGGCUGCAACGACUCCCAGGAGCCACGUCCUUCGGAGGUCGGCGGCGAAGGAAGAUUACGGCGAUGAAUGUUUCUCUGCGUCGGGAAAGCUGUCGCGUGUCUGUCCGGGCCUCGGGCAACGGUGUUUGUCGGACCCUGCAGGCGAAACGCUUUUUUUGCAAGCCACUACCUCCCCCACACCCGAAGAACGAGCAGUCGGAGCCAAGACCUGUGCGUCUCGACUUCUCUCUCAUGCUGCCUCGCAGGGACCAGCCCCACACGGAGGCAUAGAGGGGGCACCGCAAGAGGACAGGAAAUUCGAUGGAGAGGGCGAAACCAGGGGCCUGCGGAACCCCUGCGGGCCAAAAGAGAGAGAAGAAAGACACCGUCAAAGCCCGAGCAGGAACAUACGAAAUGAUGCUUCGGGAGGACCGGAAAACAAACAAGACCUGCGAGGAAACUUGGAAGAAAGCUCGCAAGAGACAUCACCGCGCCUUGAGCAGAACGCAGGAGCUUCAGGAGCUCCUCUUGCUUCUGGAAAGCCGACGAAAGGGUCGCUCAGAGGGGCCCCUGAGCGUGCUGGCCAGCCAGGAGGUUCUUCUUUUGGCUUGGCUAACUGGGGCGGGGCGACGCAGCCGACAACCGCGGGCGCGGUCGAACGAGCGGCGACCCUCACGCCCGCGACGUUUCAGGGAGAAACGUGGAGUCUGCUGGGGCCGGGCUCUCCUCAUGUUGCUGGCGGAUUGACUCGCGGUGGUAGAGAGAAGAUCCAGAGCAGUCGGGAUGGAAGCGAGGACGGCUGGGCUGUUUGCCCUGUCGCUGGAAGUGGUUCAGAAGACGCGGCUAAGACGAUGUGGGCGACUGUCUGCUCGCUCCGGAGAAGGUCGGGCGCCAGCUGGAGGAGUCCGCCUCGGCGGCGGCCCUGCGCACUGCAGAAACGUCUGGCGAAAACGCAGAAAAGAGACCUCGGAGCGUUCGAAGGGUUUCGGCGUCGCACGUUGAGUUCCGACUCGGUCGGGAGCGCAGGCUCGGCGGACUCCGUGAGCAGCGUGGACAGUGUGGGGGGCGGGGACGGGGCGUCUGGUUGGCCUCUCGCCUUUGGGCUCUCCUCUUCGCCGCUGUCUGCGUCGCGCGCCCCGGCGGGGUACGCUGCCGCUUUAGCGCCCCAGAGCCUCGCCGUGGACCAGGGCCCCGGGGUUCGCGAGCUGCCGUCGGUGUUCUCGACGCGGAGCCCGAUUCACAGGGCGAACACUGUCGCCUUCGGGCCCGAGCAGGAUGAGGUACGCUUGCGGCUUGACCUCAACACGGGGCGCCUAAGUGGCUGCUUGCGAGACUUCCCGCAGUGCAUUUUGGAGGUGAUUCUCAGCGGCCGUGGCAGACGCGCGCGCAGGCGCGAAAAAGGAGGGGACGCGAGUCGCGUGGUCCCCGGCAGCCACGGGAAAAGCGGUAGGGGCACGGAAGACACGCGAGGAGACGCCGCCUCGGGCUCGGCCUUCCCCGCAGGAGGCCGACCACGAGUCCCGGGUCGCCAGGCCCAAACGACGGAGACAGGUGGGGCGCCUAGGUCGACAGAAGCCGGACGCUCGAGCGGCGGCGAAGGGCCCUCGAGUUCUAUCACCGGCGCAGCCUCGCCUGCAAAGCUCAGACAUCCGUCGGGCCUUUCUUCGUCUCAGAACGCGACCGAAACCCGUACGGGCGUGUCUUCUCAGCGCGGCACGUGGGGCCCUGUGACCCCAGGUGGGGGCCGGCCGCGCAUGUGUCUGUGGCUGGGCUCCUUCUCGAUCCCCAGGGACGACAAGCGGUACAGAGGGGGCGAGGACGCGUGGUUCAUCAGCAGUGCAUGCAACGCAUUUGGCGUGGCGGACGGAGUCGGCGAGUGGGAGGACCUCGCAGGCAUCAACCCUCAGUCCUUCGCACAGGACCUGAUGAAGGGGUCGCUCAGACACGUGAGGAGAAUCAAGAAGACUCUCUGGACGCACCAGCGGGACGCAGAGAAGCGGCUAGCAAAGGAAGGUGGCGCGCAGAAAAGACGAGACGCAACCGAGGAAAAGCCAUUCGAUGCCGCCCAAGCCGCGACAGAGGCACUCUCCAAGGCCUACAGAGACGCCAAGAACUACGGAAGCAGCACGGCGCUCGUUGGCGUGCUCGACGAGGACAAAGGCAUCCUCGGUUUCGCGAAUCUCGGAGACAGCAGCGGGAUGGUUCUUCGUCGUCUACAAGCCCACAGACGCACCGGGGGCACGGCUCUAAGUGUCGUAAAGCGCGUGAAGGGGAUGCAGCACAGCUUCAAUGUCCCCUAUCAGUUCGCCCACAUACCUGGUCCUGAGGACUGGGAGCGCUUGCGAGCUACGGGUAUGCAUCGUUUGGUGUCCAUUGCGGAGAAGGAAUUUCAUCAGCGCGCAGAAGAAAGGUCCUCUGGUAGCGGCAAGGGCGGCGAUAAAGAUGAACACAGCGAGCUGGAUUCUACCAUUGGGGACUCGCCAUCGUGCAUCGAGUCGACAACCGUGCGCGUUGAAGCAGGAGAUCUUAUUGUUCUCGGCACCGACGGCCUGUUUGACAAUCUGUUCGACUACGAGAUUACCGCACUCAGCACUACCGUCACUCAGGCGAAGCACACUCGGGACCUUGGUAGCUUCGUGCACGGUACACUGUCACCACCGUGGAGGCUUGAGAAAAACAGCAGCAAACGAAGUGAUCAGAAUCCAAGAGGUACCGGGAGGCCGGAGAGUGGAAUGGAGUCCAGUGACGGCUCUUGCUCGGAAAAUGUCUUUUCUGAAGAAAUGUCUCGGACGUUUUUGCCCAAAGAAGUUAUACACGUGUCACGGAGUGAGGAAGGUGUCCUUCUGUGCGCGGAUGGUUUAUCGUACACGGUAGUGUCGGUUGUCGCUGCACGCCGUGUGGGGGAGAUACAGUUCGUUCUUGUCCCUGAAGGCGUGUUGUCAACGGUUCACGACAGCAGGGUCGCCCGUCAGCCGCACCACAGUGUGACACAGGACGGAAUGGGCAACAACGUGUCCGACGGAGAAAAUGCGCAGAGUUAUCCGGCUACUUGGGAUGACGCUAUACCAGUGUCAUCGACUCCUCUCUCUGGGCAAAAGCAUGUAGGACAAAGCGACGAGCGUCCUCUUCUUCAACGAGGAAGUUCUGUAGCUGUUCUUUGCCCAGGGAUGGGCGCAGAGGUCGUCGCCGUGCCCCUAGAUUAUGCCAGACUAUUUGGAGGUGAUAUUCGAGGGCCUUGGUCUCAUGCCGUGACUGUUGCUCACGCAUGGACUGCGUCCGCAGGAACAGAAGCAAUGGAUCCUGGUCCUGUCAUACGUCUCAUACUGUCAGAGGGAAGAAAAUAUGAUCACAGGGAAACAAACCGGAAGACAGGUGUUGUUGAUUCGGGUUUAGUUCCGGUGGGCGACAAGGUUCCUCUAUUAUUGACACUCUCUUUAGAGAGCAGCGACAACAUGGGAAGUGCUUUUGAAGCAGCAGCUCUUGUUUCAAGCAGCAACCUCCAGUGCAUGUUGAUGGGCAUGCGUUACAAAAUCCGUUCGAAUGUGUACCCGGUCGAGCUGGUGUGUCAGACGCGGAGGCAUUCAGCUUUGAGACCGAGGAAGUUGCAGCAUCGGACAACAGACACAUCCAGCAGCAGGUCAUCGUUACUGCCUGUGAGGUUUCGACGUUUCUUACAUUCCUCUAUGAGCUUCCUGUUCACAGCUUAUGUUGUUUCUUUGGUAACGAUGUUUCUGGGCCACUUCCUCACAUACCGCUCGACGUGGCCACGUGAAAGGCUGGUACAAAGUUUCACGGAGCGGCGCGUUUCUGCGGGUCGAGUGGGGUUGCGAUUUAUCCCCUUCAUUGAUGAUCAAGAUUUUCUGGAUUAUCACACUGCCCAGCGUUGGGAAAACAUGAGAAGAUCCCUCGAUUUUGCCAGACGAAGGGACCUCGGAACAGGAGCUGGAUUCUUGAUGGCAGGGGCUGGCUUUAUGGGAGUGACCGUUUCUGCAGAGCUUUUCAUGGUUGCCAUUUUACUGUACGUGCUAAACGUGCCUGUCGUAUCGGUGGCUAAGUGGCUCAAGAAGCGACGGCGACAAAAAACGCUCCGAGAUCUCGAGGAAGCCUCGCUUGGACGACAAUUAGUUCGUAAAAGGUCGAAAAGGUCGAGAGGGUGCCCUUCUACUCGAGUUGUCCUUGCUUUCCUGGUGGACUUGGACCGCGUCCUCGGGCACAAUGAAUGA